AUGGCUGGAAAUGCAAGCUAUGAUUUGAAUACAAUUUCGGCGGAAACGUCUGAACAACGUUCUCGCCACUCAACAGCAGCCAGCAUACAACCCGAAAAUGUGUCUAUUGGUCAUCCACAAUUGAAUCCGAUUCUACCGUCACCCGCCAGGCGUCGACUUGAAAGCAUUUCACCAAGAAUGAUGACUCGUCGUGAGAUGGCAGAAGUUCAGUUAAAUGGUUUACUUAAUGAUCCCGUAAUAUCUUUAAGCUAUCUUGAACGGCAAACAGGACAUAAUAUGUCAGAACAGUAUACUGUUAAACAAAUUGCAGAAAUUCUUCAUACAUCACCAUAUUUGACCGGUCGAUUACUUAUUGCCAUCGGUUAUCCAGACGACGUAUCUGUUUUAAAUGGUUAUGAUGUUCAAAAGAUAAUACGUAUAUUAACAGGUACAUUGGAUACUCGUGCAUUAGUAUUUUUUAUCAUGUUAGAUAACGAUGGUGAUAAACUUAUUUCAAGUACUGAACUAAAAACAUUUUUUACAAAGUAUUUACAAGAAACUGAUAAAUAUAUUAAUGAAGAACGUCGAACGGAAGCCAUUAAUAUGUUAAUAGAUAAAUUUCAUCUUGAUGACGAAAAUAAACGCAUGAAUUUUGAGGAAUUUCAUCAAAUUGUUUGUGCACAUCCACUACUACAACAAGCAAUUAGUCAAUUUAUUGUUCAUCCACGAUGUGUGGAAAUUUAUAACAAACCACAAGAGCCAAAGAGUACCAAAUGGUGUGAAAAAUUAUGUCCAAGUAUGUUUCGACAACCAUAUGAUCGAAAUAGAGUUUUCUUCUGGACAAGAGAUUUUAUCAAAGAUAAUUUUAUUCGACUGUUAUAUCUUCUUGUAUAUAUCCUUAUUAAUAUUGGCUUAAUAAUUUGGGUAUUUAUCGAGAGAGUUCAAAAGCAAAAAUUACCUUGGGCAUUAGUUAUAGCAAGACUAAAUGGAAUGUUAUUAAAUUUUAAUUGUACACUGGUUAUUAUAUUGAUGCUUAAACAAACCAUUACAUUAAUAAGAAGUACAUUUCUUUGGAAUUUAAUUCCAGUUGAUGAUCAUAUUGAUUUUCAUAAAGCUGUUGGAAGAGUUAUUGCAGUUACUGCGCUUCUACACACAAUUGCACAUUUCAUAAAUGCUGCACAGCACACGGGUAAGUAG